AGCCCGACCGAAUGCUGUAGCGAGUUAUCCAGCGUAUGGGCUUUACACACAAUUGAAAAGAUCUGUCAAGGGGUGCAGGCUGUGAGGCCAGGAUCUUGUGAAGUCCCCAGCGCGCAUAGUGGGACUGCUCCCAUUACUGCUUCAACAACUGAUUGAUCACACUUGAAUGAAUUUGAUAAAUGUCCAUCGAUUUAUGGAGUUGAUCAGUGACUUGCGUGGUUACAUAAUUUCUGAAAUGGAUGGAUUUCUGAGCCACUGUAUCUUGACCACUAACACUCAGAAUUUUUUGAAUAUAUGUAGGGAUGGAAUAGUGCACUGGUGCUGGUGCCUGUGAACACCAAUGUUGCUGCGCCACGACUUCGGAACAUUCUAAAAUAUUCUUGAAUCGAGAUGUGUGCCAAGAAGUUAUGUCUCCAGGGCAACUUCAAAUCUGGACCCUAGCCUAUAUUCCAGUAUGGAAAGGUCUAGGCUAGUGGGCACAUCCGGGGCCGUUGCACAAGGAUGUUCGUAGAGAAGGAUCUUCAAAAUGGAAAUUACUGUCCAAGGCUUUACAUACGAAGAAGUUGAAUUACGUGGAACCAGUGAAGGAACGUGUUGAGCGUCCACUGGUUCCAACAACGUACGUGGAACCAGUGAACGCUUAACAAGUUCGCAGAGAUGGACCACAUGACUCGAUGCUUCAAAAGUUGUCUGCUGCAGUGGCCAUCAGAAAUUUUCUAUUAUUGACUCUUCCCGACCCGUUUCUGAUCCUAGACCACUCCAUUAUCCUGAAACGCUUUGAAGACAAGGCUGCAAUCCCUAGCAUUGGUGAGGAGACAACAAAUCAUUUUGCACUUCAGCAGAACACAUCACCGUCGACAUCAGCAAUCGACAACCUCAAUGACAGUAGAAGCGCAGCGCAGGUAAAUGGUGAUGAUCUUGCGGCAGCCUGAGUUUCUAAUUCAGCUGGGCACAGAAUCUGCCAAACUAUCUGCAACACAACAAUCUCCCGAACGAGUAAAUUCAGGAUGGGAAAAAGGGUGGUGCAUCAUUAUCCAGUGACUGCGGCAUUCACACUGUUCUGACUCAAUGACGAGGUGCCUAGCCGGAGCUUGAGCAGCCCUGGCACACGCUCAGCCUCUUCGGAUAGCCGAGGAAAAGCACCCUUGAGCUUUCAUGCAGCGCAUGGAUAUGCCUGGACGUGGAGGAGGCAGAGGCGAUGGUCUUCCCACCUCCACAAAGCACUCACUCGCAGCUUGCGUGUGUGAUGACAUUCAGUUGGGCACUUCAAUGGAGCAGCACGAGAUUAACUUGCUGACUUGAUUCAGGGGAAGCCUUUCUGUCGAGUGCAGCGCUGGUUUCGUGAGCUUGGCAUUGAACCCAGUUGUGGGUCUGAUUUUCGUAGUCGCCUUCGAAUUUUUUUUCCUUCUGGGUCCUGCAGGAUUUGAGCUGUUGGGCGAUUCAGCUUGAGAAGUGAGGGCAGAUUGGUGCGGAUAGGUGUGGAGGUGUUGGGUGAUUUCGCAGCUAUGGCUGGAAGAAUUGGUACUCCGAGUCCCCUACUUAAGUCUUCUGCUGUUGUUUCAGCUCAGAAGCAAGUCAGGUUGUCUGAUGGCGCGAGUAGGAUACAAUUCUCAUUGCAGGUGGUGAAGUUCACACAUCAAAAUUCUAGGUUGCAGAGGACUCACACGGAGACGCAAUUCGCCCUUAAGAAGAUUAGAUUUCUCGUAGGUAAACGUCUGUCGAUUGCGAGUAAUGCGAAAUUGCCAAGAAGACAUGUCGCUGUUGCGAGCUCUUUCCGUUGCAAUGAAGGUUCGGACGUGGAUACAAAUGCAGUAGUUGCUACUGAAUUAGGCGCAUGUCAACUCGGGUCUGACGACCACGGAGUAACCGAAGCAUACCAAACCAAUCAAUCUAGGAGCGCUAGAAGUAACGAUGCAGAAUUCUCUAAUGUGCAUUUGGGUCGGAGAAUGUUGCUUGGUUCCGUACUCACAGCAGUAGCUCUUAGUAGUAUCAAUAAUUCAGGAUUAGCUCUGGCUGAAGUGAAGAGUAGUGGGAGUGACAAAGCUAAAACCAAGGGUGGAGCAUCAGGUGCAGAGAAAGGGAAGAAUGAUAAUGCGGGGCCACAAAUUCGAGAUAAGUGGAAAGGAUCUAGGGUUUAUGAUGCGACAGUGCUGGGAGAGCCUGUCGCUGUGGGUGGCGAGAGAAGCAGAGUAUGGCAGAAGUUGCUGCAGGCACGAGUUGUUUACCUCGGCGAAGCAGAGCGAGUGCCAGACCCUGACGAUAAGAUAUUGGAGAUGGGGAUUGUGCGUAAGCUUCGUGACGCUUGUUUCGAGCAGGCACGUCCUGUGUCUUUGGCCCUUGACAUUUUCCCAGUUACGCUUCAAAAAUCACUGGAUAAGUAUAUGAGUAAGAGAUUAUCCGACGCUGAGCUGAAGUCUAUGGUCGAAUUUUGGCCGAAUGGAAGAUGGCAAGAAUGUUUUCCGAUUCUGCAGUAUUGUCGGGCAAGUGGUGUUCGACUUCUGGCUUGUGGAACCCCCGCAGAGGUUUUGCGCAAAAUUCAAGCUAAUGGGUUUCAAGGCCUGAGUGAAAAAGAGAAGAAGACCUAUGUUCCUCCGGUUGGAGGUGGAUUUGGAGGUGUUCCUAUUCCACUCAUUGACCAACUAGCCCUUGCCGAUGUUGCUUCGAACCCUUAUGGUUCUGGUCCUUAUCAGUAUUCUCAAGCGCGGAUCGUUGCUGAUCAUGUGAUGAGUCAGGUUGUUGAGAAAGGUAUGCUGGACGGAGGUUCUACUGGGCUAUUAAUCGUAAUUACUGGAGCAUCUCAUGUAGCAUAUGGUUCGAGAGGUACAGGGCUGCCUGCUAGAGUACAAAAGAAGUUGACGAAGAGAACCCAAGCAGUAGUGCUACUGAACCCGGAGCGACAACGGAUACGGAAGGAAGGCAAUGUACCUGAGGCGGAUUUCUUGUGGUACUCUGCAGCCCGAGCAUGUAACCGGAAUUGCUUUGACCGAGCUGAGGUUGCUCGUGUUAUGGAUGCUGCAGGCAGACGUCGUGAUGCAUUACCCCAGGACAUUCAAGCUGGACUUGAGCGAGGGCUGGUGGACCCAGAAGUGCUGAAGAGCUUCUUUGAAUUAGACGAGCAUCCGAUCAUUGCAGAACUGACUCGUCGCUUUCAGGGUUUGAGGGAGAGAUGGCUUGCAGACCCUCGGUUUCUGCAAAGGCUUGCAAUUGAAGAAUCAAUAUCAAUCACAACCACUUUACUAGCACAAUACGAACGCAGAGGUCCCCGCUUUUGGAAUGAGAUUGAGUAUGUCAUCACGGACUCUGUUCGGGGAGCGGUGGUGGAUUUUUUCACAGUCUGGCUUCCGGCACCCACGCUGUCCUUCCGAUCUUUAGAUGCUGAGGUUCCUGGAGGAUUUUUUGAAGGGUUGACGGGAUUGCUCGGCACUGUGCCCGACAAUGCUUUCCAAAGAGCAAGAGUGGGUGAAAGUUACGAUUUGAAGGCUAGGGCACUUGCUGUCGUACUCGGUGGUUUAAAACUCUUUGGUGUUGGUUUUAUAUCAAGCAUUGGUACACUCUCGGUUUCUAAUGGUGUAUGGGCCAUCCGGAAAACUCUUAACCGUGAAAUAGCCCAAAAACCCGCCGCUAAGCGCUCCCCAAUUUUCAAGACAGCAUUCGUUUAUGGGAGUUUUUUGGGCCUCUCCGCCAAUCUGCGGUAUCAGGCAAUUGCCGGAAUCGUUGAGCACUGGAUUGCAGACUACUUCUUGGCCGCUCAACCACUAGCAGGAAGUGUGCUAUCGUUUGCUGCACGAAUUGCAAAUUCUUACUGGGGAACUGGGCAAUGGGUGGACCUUGCUCGCUUAACUGGUCUCCAGUCUACAGAGGACGAGGGUCCACCUCCAUCUCCAAUUGAGGGACAGGAAUCCAAGAUUGAGGGCUCACUUGAAGCCAACUUGUCAUCGACCUGGGAGCAACCUUCCUCACCACUGGAGAGCACAGAUGGAGUGGAAGUGAAACAAGAGGUCGAAACAACAAGCGCCCCUUAGAGGUACCAGCAUAUGUAUGCUGUGGCAUAUUAGAUUCCUCCUCAUUCUUGACGCAAAUGAGUAGUUUUUAUUUCUUGCCCUGUGCGUUUUUUUUUGCUACGGAUAACUUGUAAUCACCGUGGUUCUGAUUGAGUGUUUGAGGAGGCGCAUCCGUCAGUGGGCAAGAUUGUUGUGAAAUCACAUGUAUUUUAAGGCACAGCUACUUGUGGAGUGGCUGCAAUUAUGGUUCAUAGCGAAUUAAUGUAGAUUGGAACGUUGUUGAGAGUAUUAUACAUCACUCUGUAGAUUAGCCUGUCGGCACUGAUUUAGAACUGGAAGGCGACCGAAAUUAAUUCGCCUCUCAAAAUUUUACUCCAUGCAAACGAGAACAUAUGGAGUGCCAAACCACCGAUCAGGAAGGUCUAAGACAGACCCCCUUGAGUUGUAGUUUAUGAAUCGAAAGAAAACUUACCAACUUUGUUUUGUGAGCAAAAGUUAGCAAGAAAAAAAAACUGGAGCUUGUUCCAGUAUGCAGAACUGAAAGGAUGGCUGCCAAGUGGAUUGUUUUGAAGAAUUCAACGCUAUUUUGUUUCCUUUUUUA